CUGAGUGCAAUCGAAGUGGGCGACCAUUAGAUUUUGAUGCAUUUAAGUGUGUAGAGGCUUGUCCAAACUCCAGUGGGUAUUUGCAAGACAAAGUAUGUAAGCCUAAGUGCUCGAAAAAUAUGGUUGUCAAUAAGGAUCCUUCGGAAUGGAAUGCCGCAUGUCGUGUCCAGAUGGAAAGGUACUGUACAACCACACAUGCAUUCAGAGCUGCCCAAAUGGAGCCAAAUAUCAGUACGGAGGAAUCUGUAUAACAAUGUGUCCAUCUGACAGUCCCUUUGGAGUUGUCGAUAUGAACAAUAGGUGUGUUAAAGGUUGCGAAGAUGGGAAGUUAUAUCACAACGGCCAUUGUGUGUACAGUUUUGAAUGCAACAUUACAAUGAUAGAAUUUGAAGGCCAAUGUUUGGAGCGAUGCCCACAAGGAUACCGUUUCUCGUUUACAAACGAUUUCCUUAAAGACUCGAACGUUAUCGUAGCCUUGUCGGUGAUUCUAACAACACUCAUUGCCAUAUUAGCAUACAAUCGCAAAAUCAUUGUGGACUAUGGACGCGUUUGGCGUUUAUUGAUAAGAUGGAGACCAAGUGGGGUUCAAGAAUUUUUGAAAAUCCUUGAACAGCCAGAACCAUUUCAGUUCGAGAUUGACCAUGACCCUGUCCCAGUGAUGUUUCACAAUCCAAAUAUAAAUGAUGAUGAUGAGCCAUUGAUUCAGCUUGAAAAACUGACAUAGAAGGUUGUUUAUCCAACAACUUCACUUUUCAUUGAUAUAUUCCCCUUUCUUAUUUCC